AUGUGGCUCUUUGACUGGUGUAGGUUCUCUGGAGUUGUCUGGCCUUAUCAUCCUAACCUGGCUGACAUUCCGAUGCGCUAUGCAGUCUUCGAUCUUCUUGCCUCUCUAGGGCUGCUCAACAAGCACGCAAAACUGCUAUUCUUGGGAUUAGACAAUGCUGGCAAGACUACUCUUCUACACAUGCUGAAGAAUGAUAGGGUCGCUGUCCUUCAACCAACGCUACACCCUACUUCAGAGGAACUGGCGAUGGGCAACAAUCGCUUUACGACGUUUGACCUAGGAGGUCACCAGCAAGCUCGCCGCCUUUGGAAAGACUAUUUCCCCGAAGUAUCCGGCAUCGUUUUCCUUGUUGAUGCCAAAGACCACGAAAGAUUCGCCGAGUCAAAAGUCGAAUUAGAUGCUCUUCUUACAAUGGAGGACCUGUCGAAGGUGCCAUUUGCAAUCCUUGGAAACAAAAUUGAUCACCCAGAUGCAAUCAGUGAAGAACAAUUGAGGCAAGAACUCGGAUUGUGGCAGACCACCGGCAAGGGUAAAGUAGCGUUGGAGGGUGUCCGACCAAUUGAAGUAUUUAUGUGCAGUGUGGUCAUGAGACAGGGUGGGCAUCUUCUUCUAACGUUGCAAUGA